AUGGAAUACAAAGAGGUUCAGAAGGCGGAAAUGCGAAGAAUGAUGCAUUCGGAUCAGUGGAAAGAAGGGAAACGGUUCGAGUUCAGUGGUGUCCUCCAGUUUCCUGUUUCUAUUGAGAAUUUGGCUCAUUUGGAUUCGUUUCGUGUCGAUAUGAAGACGUUGACUGAAGAGAAUUUGGUGAUGAUUCGAGAUAAACUCGAAGAGCCUUCCCUAGAAAUCAAGUCAGAACAUCUCGAAGAAAUCGAUGAGUCGAUCGAAGCACCAAACACGGAUAUUUGGUCUGGAAUGGGUCCAGCCGUGUGUGUAGAACAGGACAAGUGCGACGACCAUCGUUGCUGUCUGUGCGGAUUCUUUGUGAGGGGUGGUGAUGGAAAUAGGAAAAGCCAUGUUAUCGCAAGGCACAGUGUCGCGAAACAUUUGAAAUGUAAAGAGUGCGAUUAUCGGGAUAAAAGCAAGGUGCCGAUGAGGAAUCACACGAUUUCGGUACACGGAAGAGAUAUUACGCCGGAGGAUAUCACAGACGAUAACAUGAAAGCUGAAUUGAUGGAGAUCAUGGCGAAGUGUUUUCCGAAUAUUCGGCCGAAUAAAAUUAAAAACAUUUCGAACUGUGCUGCCUGCAAACUGUGUGAUUCCCGUCUGAAAAUGCCUUUAGUUAACAGAUAUGAAGAAGUAGCCGAAUUGAUCAAGGUGGUUUCCGCAUCGAUCAACUUCAAGAGAUGCAGUUUCGAGUUAUUGGAAAUGCCGGAUGUGGAAACACUCAAAGGUGUGCUGAAUCUCCAACAAACUGGUUCUCCUGACGUGUUUUCGAUUCCAAAUUCGAAUCUGGUUAUAGAAUUCCUACCUUCUGAUGAUAAGAUUCAAAUCACCAAAAUCUAA